AUCUACGAUUCCGUUAUUUACAUUAUUUCAACAAUCCAGGGUAAUUGACAUUACUCGCUCACUAAUUGAUAUAUACCAACAUGAAGGAUACAUGCCUGAUGGCCGUAGUGGGAUGUCAAAUGGGAUAACACAAGGUGGAAGUAAUGCUGAUAUGGUUGUUGCCGAAGUAUUCCUAAAAAACUUUACUAAUAACAUAAACUGGACAUUAGCCUAUAAGGCAUUAUUAAAAGAUGCCGAGUAUAAUCCAUGGGAGCGAGGAAUUUUUGAAGGAAGAAUGUUUUUACCAUAUUAUAAAGCGUUAGGAUAUAUUCCAUUUCCUACGCAUAGAAUGUUGAGUUAUGCUUAUGUACCUUGUAGUAGAACUAUAGAAUAUUCAACUAAUGAUUGGUCUAUUGCUUUGGUUGCUAAAAAAUUGAAUAAAGAAGCAGAUUACAUAAAAUAUCAAAGUCGAGCUAAGAAUUGGGAAAAUUUGUGGUAUCCUCAUAAGACCAUCAAAGGUGCUAAAGGAUUCAUUUUACCACGAUUUAUAAAUGGAUCUUUUGAUACAUCAUGGAACGUAUUUAAUCGUUCUGAAAACAUUCCGUAUUACGAAGGAUCUGCUUGGGAAUAUA